AUGUCCCUAGUCGGCACCUUAUUGGCCGAAUCAUCGGAUGAGAUCGACCUCAAGGCCGAUUAUGACUGUCUCUUGGACCUGCAGGAGCAGGACAAGUCCGAGUCUGCUCCGCCGCCCGUGCCCAUCACGGUCGCCGAGGCGUUCGCCUACCACAAGAUCCUGACCGGGCCCAUUGACAGCGACCAGGACGAUUCGGAUUCCGACGAUGACGCCGAGUACAAUCGGGCGACAAGGGGCGAGCGAGGCCAAGACUCGGCACCGGCUACGGCGCUGAUCAAGGUGGGCCCCCACGACGCUCUCCUGGCCGUUGCCGAGCCCACCGACGACGACUCAGCCUGCGGCAAUGGAGCGCCUCACGAUCAUAUGUGGGCGGGUAACCCCUCGUUCCGGUUCACGGAGCCCGAGGUGGGCUUCCUGUCGCAUCUCGCCCACCUCUGCAUCGAGGCGCGACUCCAGAAAUGCCUGAGGAGCUCGUGUCUCGAGGAGAAGGUCAGGAUGGACAGGGUCGCUCCGGACUGUCGGUGGGCGGCCUUCCGGGAGUGGGCGCUCGUCUCCAUGUCGUGCCAAGCCAGCAUGCGGGAGAAGAACGAGCUCUCGCAGGCACACACACACAUCGCCAGGGCCAUCUCGGGCUGCUGCAUGACGCUCAAGGCCUACCUCGACCACAGCCGAGAGCGGUUUCUGCCCUUUCUCGACGGCGCGGGCGUGGAGGAGCACCGGGUCGACCUGGCCGAGGUGGCCAACGUCAUCUACUGGAUGGCCAAGAUCCAGUCGCAGAUCGGCAUCGGGCCGCGGCGCUUCGGGGCCUGGGACCACCGGCUGCUGCCGUCGACAGUGUCGCUGCCGUCCAUCGAGCGGGCGGCAUACGAGGUCGAGGCCAUGGGGCUCUGCAAGCAGCGGCUCUGGAAUCUGGUCGGCAUCAGCGACCGGCGGCAGAGCGACCUGCCGGACAUCAUCAAGGCCCUGCGGCCGCACAGGGACAGUCUGCGCCACGAGAGCCACGACUUCUGCACGCCGAGCAAGUGUCAGUGGUCGCACAUGAACAGCUCCUCGGUCCGGCAGCUCCACAAGUGCGGAGCGGUGGAGCCCCGGGAGCCGUCCGGAGGCCGGAAAGCGGCCCGGGCGGCAAAGGCGUGCGCGCAGCGGCUGUUUUCCGUCGAGCUGCUGGAGACGGCCGUGGAGCUGGGCAACAGCACCGCCUGGCUCUGCAGCGGGCUCCGGCUGAGCGGGCCCAGGGACGCCUACAUUGCCGUCUCCCAUGUCUGGUCCGACGGCACGGGCGUUGGCGUCCAGGAGGUCGGGACGGUUAACUCGUGCCUGUUCGACUUCUUCUCCGGCAUCGCCAAGGAGCUCGGCUGCAACGGGCUGUGGUGGGACGCCCUCUCGAUCCCCUACGAGCCGCGGGCGCGCAGCAAGGCCCUGAACCAGAUGCAUGCCAACUACGCCAACGCCCGGUAUACCGUUGUCCACGACAGCUACCUGAUCAACUUCCCGUGGAGCGAUGACGGCAGCCCGUGCCUCGCCAUCGUGCUCUCCACCUGGUUCACGCGAGGCUGGACGGCGCUCGAGCUGGCCAUGUCCAAGAGAGUCAAGGUCCUCUUCGGAAACCCGGACCCGAGCGAGAAGGACCCGGUGAUCAAGGAUCUUGACGAGGACGUGCUCGCCGCCUCGCCCGCCGUGGCGUCGCGUGCGCACUGGCUGGCGACGACGCUGAUCCGCCGGCUCCGCGCCUCCAUCAACGAUGUCGGCGACCUGCUGGCCAUCCUGUCCCCGCGCAGCACAUCUUGGGCCCGGGACCGCACCAUCAUCGCCGCCCUGCUGACGGGCGUCCCGGACUGCGACUUCACCGUCGGCGAGAGCAUCAUCACGUCCAAGAUCCUCGGGUACCUGGGCAAGAUUCCCUACAGCUGCAUCCUGCACGGGAAGCCGACCAUGCGUGACCGCGGUGAGUUCUCAUGGUGCGCGGCCACGCUCGAUGAUAUGCCACCGGGGACGUCGUCCGAUGUGGGCGGCGGCGCCGGCUCGAGGUCGCGAGCCCUGCUGGACCUUGAUGAGAACGGAGCCAUCGAGGGGCCGUUCCAUGCCCGGUGCCUCGAGCCGGGAGAAGUUGACGUUAACAUCAAGCCCUUCGGCAACGACCUCGCGGUGGUGGUCAAGGUUAACAUUGCCCUCCGGCAUCACGAGCGUUGUCUGCUAUUGCGACAGGAUCCGAGCGCCAGGGAGCCCCUCGCCCUCCUGGUCGUGCCCAUCAGCAUCAUCAGGAACGGCCCCGUCCUAAAGUGUCGCUACAUUGGCACCGUGACCGAGACGCACGACGCCGAAGCCUUUGACGCCGAUGACUGGUUCAAACUGAACGUUCGGCUUGGCGGCAGCGAUAGCCACCACAGGGGCAUGCGAGCCGACAAGGCGCUGGAGAUGUAUGACGACUUCUGCGAUGUCGUAUGCGACGAGCAGGACGACAAGUCUGUAAGGGGAGACGAGGGGGACGACGACGACAACGGCGACAACGGCGACGGCGGCCGCGGCGGCGAGCAGGGCGAUGAUCUCGCCUCGGUGCAGACGCCCAUGCAACAGGAAGGGCCGCCUGAGAGCCCUCCGGAAUGGCCCAUCGUCAACAUCUGGCCCGGGCGGGAAACCAGACAAAAGGCCAACGAAGAACACCACGAGAGGGGCCUCAUCCUCGCCAUGACCAAGAGGAACGAAAAUGCGGCCCGAUAUCUCGUCAAGAAAAAGGUCGCCCUCCAGCUCGACGACCUGGAGGCCAUCCGUACUCUCUGCAAGGAUCAUCCGACGGUGACCACAUCCGGCAUGAAGAUGCUGGGGGACAUCUACGUGGAGAAUGACAAUCUCCAAGCGGCCAGCUACAUCUAUCGCUACGUCAUAGAGACAUACGAGGCCAUCGAGGCCAAGGACAGCCAGCAGCUCUUCCAGCUCUAUCAAACCAAGCACUCUCUGGGAUGUGUCCGCUUCGGGAGGGGGGAGGUCAUAGAGGCCAAGGGGCUAUUCGAAGACGUGCUGGCCGGGUGCGAUGAGAGAAAGAAGAAGAUGGAAAGGGAGAGCAAGAGGCCGGUGCGGUUCAGGGCAGGCACUGCGAAGAAGGAGGCUGCUCAGGGCCAGGACGCCCCAUCAGCCGCGCCGGGAAGCCCAGUAAAGCUCAGCAACGAGGCCAAGGCCAACCAGGGGUGGUACCGGCUGGAGCUAGACUCCAUCACGGAGUUGACGCUCCUCAAGGUCGGAGGGGCCGACUUCAGCGGCGCCGCCAAGACGUACCGGCGAGCGCUCAGGAGGUUCGGCAACGCGCCAAAGGAGAUCGAAGCCUUCGAAGGCCUCUGGGUCGGCCGCAUGUCGCAGGUGUUCAAGGAGAAGAGCAGGCGGGAUGAGCGGGCGGCCGGCGUCUACCAGCGCGCGCUCAAGCGAUUCGAUACCAUGUUCCGCAAGAACCAUUUGCUGAUCCCCAUCACCGCCCUCCAUCUCGGCGUCAACUGCAUGCUCAGGUCCAAGUUCGCCGACGCCCAGCUCUACCUGAUGCGCGCGCUAGCCGGCUUCUUCGAGCGCUUCGGUCGUCCCCUGAGGGACGGCGAGACGGCGCUGGAGUAUCAGAUGGAGGACGAGCGCGAGCACAUCAUCCUGGUGCUGGUCAGGUACCACCUCGGCCUGCUCUUCACCAAGCAGCAGAAGUUCGACGACGCCCAGAGGCAGCUCGAUCACGCGCUAGCCGUCGUCACCAGGGCCAACAAUGCCGGCACCGACGUGCUGCGGCUGUCCAUCCUCAACGCGCUGGGCCAGAACAGCCUGUCCAGCCGGCCGCCGAGACUAGACAUGGCCGAGGGAUACUUCUCACAGGUCGAGUCCCAGUCGCAGGGCCACGCAGAGCAGGAAGACAUGAUCCGCCUGAGCAUCCAGGCCAAGCUGGGCCGCGCCAGAAGCGUCUAUUCCACCGGCAAGAACGGCAUGGACAGCGCGGUGAGGCUCCUCAACGCCAUCAUUGAGCAGCUAGAUAAAAUCAGGACGGAGGCGGGAAACGACCUCGACGAAUGCCAGGUCAGGCUCUUCCUCGGCAGGGUAUUCGAAGACAAGAGGAAGCUCCCUGACGCCGCGAAACGGGUUGACCUGGCGCUCAAGAGCCUCAAAGUCUUGGAAGGGGAGGAGAGCCUGACCUACCUAGAGGCAGCGAGCAAGCUGGGAGAAAUAUACGAGAGGCUCGAUGAGACGGACGAGGCCGAGACCCUCCUCCAAAUGGCCGCAGACAAGUUGAGGGGGAGCGUUGGCGCCUACCACCCCCAGACGCUACGGGCAAGCUGGCUGCUUGGCAAGGUGUACUUGGCCCAGAGAAGACUCGAGGAGGCCAGGGAGAAGGUCGAGUGGGCGUACCAGGGAUCCGAAAAGGCGUUGGGGGGCAGCCACAAGCAGACCGCGAGCACGGCCCAGACGCUGGGCACCAUCCACCUCGAAAUGAACAAGCUCGCCGAGGCGCAGGAGAUGUACAAGAAGGCCUACACUGGAUUCAAGAACAUGGCUGCGAAAUCCAACGCCAAGGCGCAAGAAGAGGGAGGGCUAGAGAGUAAACUGACGGACAAGACCACGCUGCUGGCUCUCAUGGACUACGCAAAGGUCUGCGCCCUGAUCCCGGGCAAGCGGUCCAAGGCCACCGCCCUGAGCAAGUACAAGCUCGCAGUGGAAGGCUUCGCCGCUCUCGACAGUGGAGAUGCGAACCACAAGGGCGACGCCCACCUGCACCUACUCGAGGCUAAACUCAAUCUGGGCUGCGUCUACCGGGAGAUGAGGAAGUUUGACGAGGCGUACGAGCAAAUCCGGGAAGCUCUCGCCGGCUUCCUGAGCCUGAGUGAACCAAGCCCCGGGAGGCCGGAGACGGAAGUCGAGACGAGGGCGGCCACGGCCGCCAGGACAAAGUGGUUCGAGGCCCGGCUCCGCCUCGGGCAGCUGAAGCUAGAUGCGUCCCACCAGCAGCACGAGGCGCAGGAGGGGCAGGACGAAGGUGAGAGCGCCAAGGAACUGAUACGGGGGGGCCGAGAUGGUCUUAGGGACCUACUUGGGAGCGCCCACAUGCUCACGCUGGAAGCGUCGACCUAUCUUGGUAAUCUCUAUAUGAAGGAGGGAGAAGAAGGAGGAGUAGAAGGAGAAGGAGGAGUAGAAGGACAAGGAGAGGGGGGGGGUGGAGAAGGGGAGAGAGAAGGAGAAGAGCAAGAGAUGGGCGACGUUCUGCUCCGAGACGUCCUACGCUGCUACGACACCGAGACGAAGCUGCCGGUCGGCCAUCCGAAGAAGAUCCGCAUCAUGGACUCCCUCAUCAGCCACUAUCACCAUGUCGGUGACAUGACGGAAGUGGGGAAGAUGGAGGAGAGGAAGUGGAAGGAGCUCAAGGACGCCUACGGCAUGGACCAGGCCGCCAUCAUCAUGGACGUCACCGACUGGAAGCACAUGAACCACGAUCGGGACGACGGCGGCAGCGUCGAGGAGAACGACGACCCCGAUGACGGCGACGACGAAAGGCACCACGGUUACUACGAUGCCUGGGAUCACCACGGCUCGGUCUCGUGGGACUCGGACAAUGACUGGGAGGAAGGGGGGGAGAAGAACCGAGGCGACGAUAAAGAGCAGAACCAAGAUGGUGUAGUUAGAUGA